CAUGUAGUUCUUUUUAUAUUGAAUUCCAUUUUUCCAUUUUAAUUUGGUCUUAGAGUUUCUCUCUGCGCUCUCUCUCUCUCCCUCUCCCUCUCUUCCUCUCACCUUGCCUCUGUGCAUUCUCUAUCGUUCUUUGCCUUCCAUCACCCUCGGCAUUUUCCUUCCCAAGAUAGUAGAAGAUGGCAGACGCUGAGGAUAUUCAACCUCUUGUUUGUGACAAUGGAACUGGAAUGGUUAAGGCUGGAUUUGCUGGAGAUGAUGCACCUCGUGCUGUGUUUCCCAGCAUUGUAGGUCGUCCUCGUCACACUGGCGUGAUGGUUGGCAUGGGCCAAAAAGAUGCAUAUGUUGGUGAUGAGGCACAGUCUAAGCGUGGUAUUUUGACUCUCAAAUACCCCAUUGAACAUGGAAUUGUUAGCAAUUGGGAUGACAUGGAAAAGAUUUGGCAUCACACCUUCUAUAAUGAGCUUCGUGUUGCUCCAGAAGAACACCCAGUCCUGUUAACUGAGGCUCCUCUUAACCCUAAGGCUAAUCGUGAGAAGAUGACCCAAAUCAUGUUUGAGACUUUUAAUACCCCUGCCAUGUAUGUAGCUAUUCAGGCCGUUCUUUCACUGUACGCCAGUGGUCGUACCACCGGUAUUGUGUUGGAUUCUGGUGAUGGUGUCAGCCACACUGUCCCUAUCUACGAGGGUUAUGCCCUUCCACAUGCCAUCCUUCGUCUUGAUCUGGCUGGUCGCGACCUGACUGAUUUCUUGAUGAAGAUUUUGACUGAGCGUGGUUAUUCUUUUACCACGUCAGCAGAGCGUGAAAUUGUUCGUGAUGUGAAAGAAAAGCUGUCAUACAUUGCCCUUGACUAUGAGCAAGAGCUGGAGACAGCGAGGACCAGCUCAUCCGUGGAGAAGAGCUACGAGUUGCCUGACGGACAGGUAAUCACCAUUGGAGAUGAGCGUUUCAGAUGUCCAGAGGUGCUGUACCAACCAUCCAUGAUAGGAAUGGAAGCAGCAGGAAUUCACGAGACCACAUACAACUCCAUCAUGAAGUGCGAUGUUGAUAUCAGGAAAGACUUGUACGGUAACAUUGUCCUUUCAGGAGGAACAACCAUGUUCCCAGGCAUUGCUGAUAGAAUGAGCAAAGAAAUUUCUGCUUUGGCCCCAAGUAGCAUGAAGAUCAAGGUCGUUGCACCACCUGAGAGAAAAUACAGUGUCUGGAUUGGUGGUUCUAUUUUGGCAUCCCUUAGCACCUUCCAGCAGAUGUGGAUUGCAAAGGCAGAAUAUGAUGAAUCUGGUCCAUCAAUUGUGCACAGAAAGUGCUUCUAAAUCACUACUACUACUACUUCUGUUUUGAGAGAAAGAGGUUUUAUCAAAGGGAAAGACUAGUGUUAUGAAUCCUCCGGAAACAUUGCAACUUGUAGCCCUUUAAAUUCAUUAUUAUUUGCUUUUGUUAUCAUUUGUUCAUGUACUUAUUCACAAUGUUGGAGUGAUUAUUUGCUGAAAGCGAGUUUUUUUUUAAA